UUUUGGGGGGGGGGGUACGCCCCCCACCCGGUUAUAAGACCCUCAAAACUACCUGCCUAACAGGACGUGAGAAGGAGGGGUCAGAAAGGGGAGGUUGGGGCGUGGCCUAUACUGGCCCUCUCUUGACGAUUAUCGCCGCAGUUUUCGUCGUAUAUAAAUCAUGCAGACAUGGAACAUUGUACCUCAAAGUUACAACAAAAUAACUUUGACUGAAAGUAUAUUAAUCCCAAGUUUCCAUGUGUUACAUUUUUUCUACAAGAGAGUGUUAUUUUUCAUCUUCGUUUUACCGUCGUUUGAGCGUUACGUGUGGGUUUUACUAUAAUAAGGUCUUUCAUUUGCUGUUGUUUUUAUCGGCAGUCACGCGGGACGCACAGGUCGGUUGGACGAUACUUUUAUGUUAAAUCCUAGUCACGAUUUCCCCGGAAAAUAUAAUUAUUGUCUAUACCCAUAAUGUGCUGUUUUGAUCGAAAUAUUAAGACAGAUUGGUGGAGUUUCAGUAAUUGAUUCAGACAUUGAUGGUAUACAGUAGAGUUCCUGUUCUACUAUAGAAAACUGCAAGCCAUUUUACAAAGGCCGUGAGCUGUUUGCAGUUAGUCAAGUGACAUGUUUAUUCAAAUGAUACAAGAUACAAUAUAUUAUUGUUACAUAAAACUGCCGUGGGGCAGUGGUUGAAGUUAUUGAACUCGUAGUUUAAAGGGUCUGUGUUGGUAUAAUGACACUGAAAUUGAAUACCAGUAAAAACUUACUUGGUUUAGAUAGAAAUGCAUUUUAAGAAUUUACUUCGAAGUGCUGCGGUACUUUUUAUCCCCUAAAAUUUGAAUCUGAGAAACGUUACUGCUGUGCGUUUCUCGUGGUUAUGCCCCAAAUUUUUUAACCUGAGAAGCGUUACUGCAGAAAUGCUUUUAAGAUUGUGUACUCCAAUUGCAGAUUAUUCUUCCUGCGUGGACAUAAACUGCUCCAGAUUUUGUCCAAUAUCUCAAAAACUCUGCCAUCUUUUAAAAUGAAGUUUUCACUGGUUAUAGUUUGUGAUAUACAACUGUAUACGAUUGAAGCAAACACUGGGUCCAAUAUUAUUACCAAACGUAUACAUUCCCUUUAAUACUGUUUGGUUCCUUUCCCCACGUCUCGUCGCUUAGUGUUAUACUUUUGUAAGUUUAUGAAGACUACAUUUACAUACCAGGGAAGUUCAAUGUCCGUUUGGCUGUCGACAAUUAUCAAAAAGCAAACACAGCUUCAAGCUAAAAAAGAAACCCAUAUACAAAGCACUAAAUGCUACCCGUAGCUUCAAAACAAUGCGUAGACUUGUAUUUUGAGAGAAUACUUAAUCUUUUGUAUUAAUUUUAAAGUGUCAACUCCUUUGUUCAUUAGAAAUACCACCAGCAUAUCCAUCACCCUUUCAAGACAAAAUAUCAAACCAGCAGAACAUUGUUAUCAAAGAAAGAAGAUUUGUUUGCACGGGUUUCUGAACAGGAGUUCAUAUUUGCCGUCCGUUGUCAACUGAAAUUGUUACUAAUUUUAGGUUCAGUGUAGAAAACUGUGGAACUUUGAACUCAAAAUCUGAACUUCGGACGUACAAAUAUCGCGUUUGUUAUAAUAUAUUUUAUGCCACGCAACUCAGUGGAUUAUACUUGUGGUGGACUUGGGCCUUGUGAAAUUGUUGUCUGGUGAUUGAACGUCACUGUGUGUAGUUGUGUUUGUUUGCACACUGAAGGACUUCUAAAAGUUUUUUAAAACUUGUAGUGUGUUGCUGAAUAAAUUGUCCACGUGUCUAGGCAGUAUGUCGAUUUGGCUAAGAAUUCUUGGUGUUUUGCUCUUCGCUUUCGUCGUGGCUUUAUGGGUGUUGAAGCGGUACAUAAGGGGAGGCUGGUGCUACAGCGGGGCCCGGCUGGACGGGAAGACGGUGAUUGUUACGGGAGCUAGCUCGGGCAUCGGGAAGGAGACGGCCAAAGACAUGGCUAGAAGAGGAGCACGGGUGAUUCUUGCCUGCCGAAAUAAGGCCAAAGCUGCCGAGGCUAAAGCAGAAAUUCGUCGAGCGACCUCUAGCGGUCAUCUUGUGAUACGUCAGUUGGAUCUGUCGUCUCUUGCUUCUAUAAGAGCGUUUGCUGAGAAGAUCAAAGAGGAAGAGUCGAGACUUGAUGUCUUGAUCAAUAAUGCGGGUGUAAUGAUGUGUCCCAAACAAUCAACAGAAGAUGGCUUCGAGAUGCAGUUUGGCGUCAACCAUCUCGGCCAUUUCCUUCUGACCAACCUCCUCCUUGAUCUCAUCAAGUCCUCCUCCCCGUCCCGCAUCGUCAACGUCUCCUCCGUCGCACACGGUGGAGGCAAGAUGCAAUGGGAGGACUUGAUGAUGGAUGAGGACUACGAUCGUUUCUCAGCGUAUGGGCAGAGCAAACUUGCCUCCAUGCUGUUCACGCUGGAACUGAGCAGGCAACUGGAAGGUUCCGGCGUAACUGUAAACGCACUUCAUCCGGGUGUUAUCCAGACGGAACUGUUCCGGCACAUAGAAGCAGAGAAGCCCCAAGGAGUUGCCGGAGCAAUCAUUUGGCUCGCCAGCCUGUCUCCAAACUUCUUAUUCAAGAGCACGGUAGAGGGCGCACAGACGUCUAUAUACUGUGCCGUUGCAGAUGAACUCGAGAGUGUAUCCGGCCUGUACUUUGCUGACUGUGCCCCGAGAAAGCCGACCGACGCGGCGCUAAACCACCAGGAUGCCAAGAGGCUGUGGGAGAUAAGUGCCAAGAUGGUCGGCCUAGAGAAGAAAGUCAACUGA